AGGAAGACUUGGAGCGUGAGGUGACGCCAUUUGACAUAGGCUUCGUCUUCCCACAAACUGAAAAUCUUGUUUUGUUGUUUUGCUCUUUUCUUUCGCGAAAGUCCCGGAUGACGGGAAGAACUUGCCUUCUGAAUGACUGCGCGCUGUCAAAACAAUCCGGACGAUGGCGUCCCACCUCCGAUCUUCUCUUCCAAGAUGGCGGCACCCGAGAAGGGGAGGGACAUCUUCAAGCUGAGCCGCGAUCGGCUGUCGGCGGAGGAAGCGGCGGCGGCCGUCGGCAGCGCUUCCUGCGGAGCCGUCGCUCUCUUCAUAGGGAUGACGCGUGAGGACUGUCCGGACGGCAGGAAGGUGAUGGGCCUGGAGUACGAGGCGUACGAGGCCAUGGUCCACUCGGAGCUCGCCAGGCUGUGCCGGGACAUCAGAGCGCGCUGGCCCGCCGUCGUGCACAUCUGCGUGCACCACCGCCUCGGGUGGGUGAAAGUGGGCGAGGCCAGCGUGGUGGCGGCCAUCUCGUCGCCUCACCGCCGCGAAGGUCACCAGGCGAUGGCUCUCCUGCUUGACGGGCUGAAGGCCGGCGCCCCCGUGUGGAAGAAGCGGUCAAGGUCUGAAGACGGAACCUUGACCUGGAUCGUGUCGGAGGCUCAACUCGGCUUUCUUCGGAGCCCGACCUCCGGUUUUUCCCGCCGUUUGAGUCCAACGACGACACGAAGCAGCGUGACGUCGCCUCACUCGAACCCUCCUCGACGCUGACCGGAAGCGCUCUC